AUGACCAGAGAUGAUGCAUCUUAGUCUGAGUUUCUGUCGAACCAACAUGAUUAGGAGAAAAUGGAAGAAGUUUUUGAAGUUUCUGCUCAGCUCUGUCAUUGUCAGCUUCUUCUUUCUAUUGGUCAUUGCCUCAACUGAACAGAUGUGUCCGCCAGGGGGCUGCGGCCAGCCAGGCGAGUUCAUACAAAAACUCCCUCAAAGAGUGAUAAGACCAAACUCGGAAGUGAAAAGAAUUUUAAGGUGGACUGGAUUCUUUGAUGACGUGACGUGGGAGGAGACAGACGACUCUUAUUUCAAGCCUUGUAAAGUCAAAAAAUGCACUAUGACCAACGACCGGACAUUGUUUGAUCAAAGUGAUGCCGUGCUCUUUCACGUAGAAGCUCUAUGGAAUUUUUGGAAAGGAAUCCGCAUGCCAAGCAAGCGUCACGCUUACCAGACCUGGAUACUACAUAACUUGGAGCCUCCGCCCAAAGUGCCACUGAAUUUAGUUCCAUUUUACGGAGUUUUUAACUGGACUGCUUGGUACAGAAGAGAUUCUGAUGUCCCGGUCUCUUACGGGGGUUAUACCAGCCUACCACUUCCGCCCAGCAUCAAAUUCAACAAAUCUUUGAAGACCAAUUGGGCCAAGGAGAACAACCGUUUCUCAGCAUGGAUGGCCAGCAAUUGUUUUGAUUAUAAUAGGAGGCAACUGGUCAUCAAAGAACUGAAGUCCUAUUUAGGUCAAGACCUGGACCUGUAUGGCAAGUGUGGUGGCAAGAAAUGCCGGGGGACAUACUGUUACGACACACUCUCAAACUACAAGUUCUUCUUCACUUUUGAGAACAGCAACUGCAAGGACUACAUAACGGAGAAGUUCUGGUCUGCACUUCUCAGGCGGCAGGUUCCGGUCGUCUUCGGCGGCAGCUCGUCCUUAGACUACGCCAAAAUCGCCCCACCCCACUCGUACAUCCGCGUGAAGGACUUUAAAGACGUGAAGUCGCUGGUGGACUACCUGCGCUACCUCGAGCAGAACGAGACGGCCUACAACGAGUACCUGGACUGGACCGUGGACCACGACGUGUACAGCGAGGUGCCGGCCAGGCGGAAGUGGUGGUGCAACCUGUGUGAGGCGCUGCACAACAAGUCCAAGCCGGCCCAGGUGUACACGGAUAUCUCUGGCUGGAUGCAAGAUGACCAGUGUCCACAGUGGUCGCUUGCUAACCAACUGGGUAGAUUGUUGGAUGGAGUCAAGAUAUCAUUAGGACUUCUUUAACUCUUCAGAACAGGUUUUUAGUUCCAGAAGUCUGACUCGCUAUUUCUGUCCAACAGAACCUUACUUGCAGCAUACCGAAAUGAAGGGAAUUGAUUGGUUCUCAAGAUGUG